AUGACUGGCACCAUCGCUCAUUCGCAGCUUGCACCACUCCCAGCUGAAGUACCUUUCCGAAUCGUCUCGAGAACGAUCGGGACUGGUGCAUAUGCAUGCAUCAAGAAGGCCGCUCCCUUGCACAAGGACAAUCCGAUCUUCGCUGUCAAGUUCAUCAACAAGAACUAUGCCCAGCGAUAUGGCCGAAUCAAGCCAAAGCAGAUUCAGAUGGAAACCACUCUGCACAAGCAUGUUGGCGUCCAUCAGAAUAUCAUUGAGUUCUUCGACACUGGCGAGAAUGUUGACUGGACUUGGAUAGCUAUGGAGCUGGCAGAGGGUGGAGAUCUGUUCGACAAGAUAGAAGCAGAUGCUGGAGUCACCCAGGACGUUGCCCACGUCUACUUUACCCAGCUCAUCAAUGCUGUAGGCUACAUGCAUUCCAAGGGAGUUGGUCAUCGAGACAUCAAACCAGAGAACGUCCUACUUUCUGCAGAUGGCGACCUCAAGCUCGCUGAUUUCGGGAUGGCUACCCUUUUCGAAUACCAUGGAAAGAGAAAAAUGGCUGUCACGCUGUGCGGCAGUCCACCAUAUGUUGCUCCUGAGGUCUUAUCAUGUAGCAGUCAGGGUGACAAGAAGGGAAGUGGAUACAUGGCUGACUUGGCCGAUAUCUGGUCUUGCGGAGUGGUGUUAUUCGUUCUGCUGGCGGGCAAUACUCCGUGGAAUAAACCUACCGAAGGUCUGGAUGAAUACGGCCAGCCGAAUGAGUUCAGCGAAUAUAUCGCGACCCAAGGCCGGCCAAACGACGAGUUGUGGCAAGGUCUGCCUGUUGAGGUGCUAUCUCUACUUCGGGGCAUGAUGAAAAUCAAUACCACAUCGCGCUUCUCUUUGGAAGAUGUUAGAAGGCAUCCAUGGUUUACCAGGUCGAACAAGUUCAUGGACAAGAAAGGUAGACUGACAAACCCUGUUUCUCUCGCUACAAAUAUGUUCGAAUCACUCAAAAUUAGCCUCGGGGAUGAUGCUUUAAGUGCAACGCAACGGUCUACCCACUCUGAUGCAAUGGAUGUAGACCAGUCCUCACUAAAACCUAUGGCGGCUUUGUCGUCGACACAGCCAACGACACCCGCGGAGGACAUGCUCUUCGACUGGGAAGCACCUGCUCAUCUACCAGUGUCUUCGACACAGCCAGCGAACGGCCUAGCUCAUUCGUCCACUCAAUCUGGUCUCACUUCAGGCUACCUUGCCGAUGAGCCUUCAAUGUCACAAUUUGCAGCGACACCGAGCGUUCCUAUGAGCAGGACCCAGAUGGCUCGGCAGUUUCGAGACAUUCUACCUGCGCAGAGUCUGACUCGAUUCUUCUCUACAUGGACUCUCAAUCUGUUGGUCCCGCUGAUUCUUGAAGCUCUUAGCCGGCUGGCUGUUCCCGUACCAAGCUUUCCACGGCCUUCAGCACAAGACUCGGAGUGUCAGAUCAAAGUUAGGACGAUCGAUGGAAGAUCAUGCACUUUGAGCGGCAAUAUCACCAUUUGCGUAAUCUCUGAUGGCGUCGUCGAGGUAAUGUUCUUGAAAGCUUCGGGCGAUCCACUUGAGUGGAGGAGGUUCUUCAAAAAGGUGACUGUUUUAUGCAGGGAUGCAGUAUUCAAACCCGAUGAAUAG